AUAAAGCAAUUCAACAUGUUCAAACGCGGCAAAUUGCAUUUUCUUAGCACCAAAGAUGAUCGCAUCAAAGUAAUGAAUGACCGCAUAAACAUGACGGAGAAGCAUUUGCUGGAAAUAUGUGUCAGCUUUGCGGCAUGUACGAGGAAAAUUGCAAAAUAUCGUGAUGCUUUCGACGAUUUGGGCCAUAAAGUCAAAAAUUUCGCUGAAGAGGAAAAAAUCAAUUAUAGUUUAAGUGAUAGUCUGAAUUCUAUUACGACUUCCAUAACUAUUCAAGCUGAUUAUAUGGACUUGCUGGUGCAUCGAUUAGAGAUGAAGAUUGUAAAUGAGUUAAGCCAAUUUGAAAACCUUUGCAAAACCACACGGGAAAACUUGCGUACAGCAACAAUUGCACGCGAUAAAGAAGUGUUGAAACAACAGCAAUUAAUGGAAAUCAAAUCCAAAUUUUCGGCAAACAAUGCGGCUGCGGAUUCUGACCUGUUAAAGGUCAAACUAGAGGUGAAUCGCGCCAACAAGGAGAUCGAUGAUAUAAUCAAUAACUUUGAGCAACGAAAAUUAGCUGAUUUAAAAGCAUUAUUAACCAAUUUUAUACUAAUAUCCAUAAAGUACCAUACAAAAACAUUGGAAGCGCUCUCGGCGAGUUAUUAUGAUGUUUCAAAUAUUGAUGAGCGUGGUGAUUUUAGCGAAUUUCAAAAGCUAAUGAAAACGAAGACAGAACCAACAACACGAAAGCUAAAGCUGAAGAAAGGAAUGAGAUCGCAAUCGAUGGACAGUUUGGACCAUGACACGCUUUUGAGCCCUUUAAAGAGACGUAGCAAGCUGACUCGCAGCAAUAAAAGCUUGUCAGGCAAAACGGAUGAUGAACAAGAGAACGAUAAAGAUGACGAUGGAGAUGAGGAUGAGGAUAAUGAUGAUGAUGAGGAUGAGGAUGAAGUGGCAUCUGGUGAUAACACUAACGAUGAAGAAGAGCACAGCGGUACCGUCUCAGAUGAAGAUGAGCCUACUGAAAGUAUUUCCGAAGCAAAACCAGCUGCAGCAGUAAACAAGGCUGAUGAGAAAAAGACAAAAGAACAAACUAAACACCCAUUUCGUGCUGUAUCCUCAGCGAACGUAAGAAAGCAAAGAAAAUUGCUUGGAAAAUCAAAGUAGUUAUAAACAGCGUAGAUUAAAGAUAAACGUACAUACAUAUUUAAUUGGCAAAUGAAAUGUAACUUGCAAUGAAGUAUAAGAUUGGACUACUAAAUUAACCACUAUUGCUAUUAAGUUGACAGAACAUAACACAAAAUCAUGCAUGCUACAGAGAAUGGUUAAAAUCAUAUUUUAUUUGUAAACUAAUUAACUUUACAUCUCGCUCAGGUCAACAAGCCUCAAAGUCAGCAUAAACCAUUCGCUGCGAAGAGUGGCGUUGGUAUACCAACUUUACAUAAACGUGCCUCUGCCACAUACUUUGGCAGCAAAGACCAUCAGCUGAAGAGUAACCCUAGCAACAUGACUAUGACACUAGAUGGGCCAAGUAGUCGGUUAGUGACAAUUGUUGAAUCGAAGAAAUGAAUAUAUGCGCAGGCAUAAUUUUAAUGCCCAAAAUAUGCUAAUGAUAUGUUGUUAUAUUGAUUAUACAAUCGAGUUCAUGGUGGAAGCUUUCAUUAAUAAAUGUUCGGAAAGUAAA